AUGGUGGAUGAACGCAGUGCCCAUGUCUGUUUCCUGGACUGGAAACUUCAGGAUAUUGUAGAGAUUCAAAUUAAUUUGACGCUUUCAGGAAAAUCCAAAGUGUAUCAAGGUGUUCGAGUAAAGAUCACUGUGAAAGAGUUAUUGCAGCAGAGGAGAGCACGACAAGCAGCAACUGAUGCCACUGUUUCCCGAGGCAGCAGCGGUGUCCAGUUUCCAGAAUCUGUUUCUCCUCCCUGCACAGCACCUUAUUUUGACGCAGAACCUGUCUCUUCUGCCCCCAACUGUUUCCAGCCACGGCAGUUUCCAAAUUGCAUUUCCUGUGAAGAAAACCCAAGUUAUUUGGAGCAACUUGUCGAUACCUAUCUUCAGACAGAGCUGCCCAUGGACCCAUCCCUGAGUGCUCUACAGGCAUCUCCCCACUAUAACCCAGACACCUUCCAGUCAACCCCUCUCUGCUUUAACCAGAGCCUGGUUCCUGGAUCUCCUGCCUCCUCUGACCUGUCCAGCCCAUUAGACUAUAGCUACUCCCCACCUCAGCUGCCUCCUUUUCCUCCACUGAACUACAGCCCUCUUUCUCCUCUAGACACCACGAACUACGGCUACCCUCUAGAGGAAUGCUCACAUCCGCAGUACAGCUGCUCCCCCUCGGCCUGUUACUGCUCAUCCUGUGCCUCAGAGCACUUGGAUACAUUCAGAGUAUCAGAAUAUUUCCCCUACCCAAGUGCAGACUGUAUGGACUGUCCUGGCACCAUGACAAUGGCAGAUGACUUCCUUAGGAGGGAUAGAAACUACGACAUCUGCUACAGUUAAUGGAGAUGAUGGUUUUAUAUAUAUGUACAUACGUACAGGUAUCCAAAUCAGCUAACGGCUUAUGAACUAUGCAAAACAUCAUUGCCUAACACAAAGUUCAGUUUACUCUACACUACUUAGCCUGGUAUGCUCCAGGUGUUAAUUUAGUCCUCCUGGGUAACAAUGUUUUAAGAUCCUCAGGAUUGCUACAGUUGUCCUUCUGUCUUGUAUUUCAUUAAAAAAAAAAGAAAAAACAA